AUGAACAGAGUACCCGCAGUCAAUUCUCACUAUGAUGUAUGGUAUUACCGUAAAUACCUGAAGUUUGAUGUUGUUGCUGGUGCUGGAGCAUGUUUAAAACUUUAUACUGGUCCUUCAUCCUUUAAAGUAGAAGCACUGUCCUAUGGCAUGACAAGCACAGAUGUUCAGAGAAAAAAGAGAACCCGCCAAACAAAGGUAAUUCUUUGGCUAUUGCAGCUUUCAGCACCAAGUUCUGCUGAAUUAAUGCUAAGUCCAUCAGUUUCGUCAUACUCUGCACAACUUCCCAAGUUGUCCAUUUAUUUUCUCCAGUAUUCAUUUAUGUUUCUUGUGUACAUGUCUAGCAGAAGAAAGGGCCACGCUGGAGGAAUGGAGAAACCCCCGAGGGUUGUUUUACCGACAGCACAUGUCAAGUAA